CCUAAAUAGGAACAGGUUGUGAGAUUUAUUUACAGUAGUUGAAUCUAGAAAAAUAUGUAGAGAAUUUGUAUAUACCAUGUCAUAUUCUUUUAUAUAAAUAUACAUAUAUGGUUUUACAAAUCAUUGAUAAUAUAUAUCAAAUAUCACAUUCAGAAAGCACGCCAGUUUUUCAAGUCCCACUAAAGUAAUGGCCACAGACAAUGACAUGUUGAACCAUAGUUUGGGGCUCACAAGUGCAACAUCACACUUCAAGUCGUCCUACUGGUGCAAUGUUGACAAAUUUGUAAUUUAAUUCUAUUAUAUCAACAUGUGUGAAUGCAUAAGAUUUAACGAUAUGAAUAUAAUAAUGUAUUUGGUACAAAAAAAUAUUCGAUUGUGUCUACUAGAAUCCAAUGCGAUCAUGACAAUGAAAAACCUAACCAUUUUUAUUGAAACGCGUGAAGGAUUAUGUUUCUGUGUUUUGGAUCUAAAAUGGCAUUAUCAGGUCACAACCUAAAGUGGAUUCGCCUCUGAAAAAUAUGUACUCCGUAUCUGAUUAACGAAUAAUAAAACAAAAAUUAAAAAUGGUAAACGUAAACGACCCACUUACUAAUUUGUCUGGAGACAAACUAGGACAGUCACAGUGUCCGUGUGUGUAUAUAUAUAUAUACACACAGAUCUCUACAUUUAUUAGAGAACCCACUUUUGAUUUUUCUUGAAUCUCUCUCUCUCUCUCUCUCUUUCUCACAGUCUGUUAAGUUAUUAUAACCAUUGAAGGAAACUUUCAUCAAGCAAUGGUUCUUCUUGGUUUCUUCUUACGGAUCAUUACUUUCACUCUGACUCUGACUCAGCUCGUUGAUGGGUUUCAGAGUCGAAUGUUGAUAAACAAUGGACUUGCUCUCACUCCUCAGAUGGGAUGGAAUAGCUGGAAUCAUUUUCAGUGUAACAUCAAUGAAACUCUCAUCAAGCAAACCGCUGAUGCAAUGGUUUCAAGUGGUCUCUCUGCAAGAGGUUAUAAGUAUAUCAACAUAGGUAAUUCAAUGAAGACCAUUGUUUGGUGUUUGUUACUCUGUUUUUUUUCUCAUAUCUCUGUUUCCUUAUUAUUGUCUACUGUUUUUUUCUGUGUGUUUAUUACAGAUGAUUGUUGGGGUGAACUUAAGAGAGAUGCUCAGGGAAACAUGGUUGCCAAAGCAUCAACGUUUCCUUCAGGGAUGAAAGCUUUAUCAGAUUAUGUUCAUAGCAAAGGGCUUAAGCUUGGGAUCUACUCUGAUGCUGGGACUUUUACCUGCAGCCAAACCAUGCCAGGAUCACUCGGACAUGAGGAACAAGAUGCCAAAACAUUUGCCUCAUGGGGGAUUGACUACUUGAAGUAUGAUAACUGCUUUAACACAGAGACAAGUCCAAAAGAAAGAUACCCAAAGAUGAGCAAAGCUCUAUUAAAUUCAGGAAGAUCUAUUUUCUUUUCUUUGUGUGAAUGGGGACAAGAGGAUCCAGCAACAUGGGCAGGAGAUAUUGGUAACAGUUGGAGAACAACAGGAGAUAUCCAAGAUAAUUGGAAGAGCAUGACAACAAUAGCAGAUCAGAAUGAUCGAUGGGCGUCUUAUGCAAGACCAGGAUCAUGGAACGAUCCGGACAUGCUCGAAGUGGGAAAUGGAGGCAUGACUAGAGAAGAGUACCGAUCACAUUUCAGCAUAUGGGCAUUGGCAAAAGCUCCUCUGCUGAUUGGGUGCGAUCUAAGAUCUAUGGACAAAGUCACCUUUGAGUUGCUUAGCAACAAAGACGUGAUUGCUGUUAACCAAGACAAACUUGGGAUCCAAGGAAAGAAAGUCAAGAAAGAUGGUGAUCUUGAGGUAUGGGCAGGUCCUUUAAGCAAGAAACGAGUAGCAGUCAUCCUAUGGAACAGAGGAUCAUUACCUGCAAACAUCACAGCUGGAUGGGAAGACAUUGGUCUUCAUUCAUCAGCUAUUGUUAAUGCUCGUGACUUAUGGGCGCAUUCAACACACUCGGGGGUUAAAAAACAACUAUCUGCUCUAGUGGAGCCUCAUGCCUGUAAAAUGUAUACGCUCACCAGACGCAAAGCUUAAGAUGCUGUUCUUCUAGAGAGCUAGAGUCAAUCAAGUGAAACUGAUCUCUAGCCAAAUACAGUUGAAUCCUGAAGAUUUUAUCAAUUUUCUCUUAGUCAAUCUAUGCUGGAUAUGAGAUGCCAGCGCAUCAUAAAUGAUCAAUCCAAAUAACAUUAUAAUAAGAAUAAAUUUGAUAAAUAUCAA